AUGUCUUCUCCAAAUCCCAACCUCCGCACUAGAAAUCUUAUCCUUCGUCCCGCCGUUCCUUCCGAUGCUGCCCCCAUCGUAGCCGUUUUUUCUAACCCCCUCAACAACCAAAAUGAACCGCACACGCCAAGCAACCCAACGGUAGAAGAAUACCAACGCCGAAUCGCCAAAUGGGAUGAACUACGCGCUAGUGGGAAAGCCUACUUUCUAGUCAUUACCCGACGCCCAACAACAGAGACGGGAUCAGCUUCACUACCUGCGGAUGACGUUAUCGGCUUCGGCGGUAUCAACGAAGUCUCUACGGACGCCCAGGGUAAGCGAAUUGCGGACCUGGGUGUUCUGAUUGACAGCUCCGAGUGGAGGAAGGGGUACGGACGGGAAGCUUUGCAAGCCACGUUGGACUUUGCAUUCCGAACGGUCGAGGCGGAGGGCGUCGGAUGUGAAGAGGCGUUUUUUGAGACAUUGGCGGGGAAUACGCAGCUUCAAGGACUGGCUGACCGGAUGGGGAUGGCGAAGUGGAAGCGGGUAAAGAGUGAAGGAAAUGAGGUUGAAUACAGGUUCAGUAAAGAGGAGUGGGAGGAAAUUAAGAAUGGAAGUGCUUGA